AUGCAGUGUCUUCCGGGGCUCUCUUCAGUGGAUUGUGUCGCUUGUCUUCAAGCAAAUGUUCGUAGUUACCAAGGUUGUUGCGGUGGGAAUCAAGGUGGUACCAUUAGGAGACCCGUUUGCUUUUUCCGGUUUGAUCCUUAUCCGUUUCUUGAUGCUUUCGAUAACGUAGAAUCUUCUUCUCCUCCUCCUCAAAGCUCUCAAGUCCCUGAUCAAGAAUCUCAACCCACAGCGCCGCCUCCUGCUGAUGGCAAAACGAUUUCUACAGGAAUCAUUGUGGCGAUUGUUGUUUCCGGAGUUGUAUUUGUGAUGCCAUUAGCUCUAGGCUUAGUUUUAUUGAAGAGAAGACAAUCAUACAAAACCCUAAAGCUUGAAAAUUUCAAGACAAUUGAAGCUGCAACUGAUAAAUUUUCAGGGAACAACAAAGUUGGUGAAGGUGGAUUUGGUGAAGUUUACAAGGGAACGUUACCCAAUGGUACUGAAGUAGCGGUGAAGAGACUAUCAAGAAGUUCAGGACAAGGCACAAAAGAGUUUAAGAACGAGGUUGUUCUUGUGGCAAGGCUUCAACAUAGGAAUCUUGUUAGGCUUCUAGGGUUUUGCGUGGAAGGAAGUGAACAGAUACUUGUCUACGAAGCCUACAAAGACUCAAGACUCACAAUCAUUGGAGGGAUUGCUAGAGGGAUUCUCUAUCUUCACCAAGACUCAAGACUCACAAUCAUACACCGUGACCUCAAAGCGAGCAACAUUCUUCUAGAUGACGACAUGAUCCCUAAAAUAGCGGAUUUUGGCAUGGCAAGGAUUUUCGGAAUGGAGCAAACUCGAGCCAAUACUAGCAAGAUAGCUGGAACCUUCGGUUACAUGGCUCCAGAGUAUGCAAUGCAUGGUCAAAUCUCCAUGAAAUCUGAUGUGUACAGCUUCGGAGUCUUGGUUCUUGAGAUCAUAAGUGGCAAGAUGAAUAGUAGCUUCUAUCAAUCAAAUGGAUCUGCUGGCAAUUUAGUCACACAUGCUUGGAGACUAUGGAGAAAAGGCUCUGCUUUAGAACUUUUAGAUCCGACUUUUGGAGAGAUUUAUCAGAGCGAUGAAGCUACAAGAUGCAUCCACAUCGCGCUUUUAUGUGUUCAAGAAGAUCCUGAAGAUCGUCCUACGAUGUCUACAAUCAUCUUGCUGCUCACUAGUAGCACAGUCACGUUACAAGUUCCUCGUGCGCCUGGAUUUUUCUUCCAAAGUAGCCGUGACCAAGAUUCAGAAGCUGAGGGCUCGCAUUUGUUUAGCAAACCGGUUCCUUGUUCUAUUGAUGAUGCGUAUUUACAUCCUCGGUGA